CAUCUGUGGUUAAUAGCUCUGGAAACUGAAGGUCUAUUUCCAUAAAACAGCAGUAUACAUCCUUUCCAGUUGAAGAGAGAUUAAUUCAGUUGCCUGCUCAUUCAUUUUUAUCUGUUGUUAUGAGAUUGCCAAAGAAAUUUCCAUUUGUGGGGAUGAUUAUGGAAAGUUAGUAUUUGCUGAUUAAACCAAAUUAUUUCACAAAGGCUGUCCCACGGCAGCUGUGACAAAAUUCGAGCAUCAGGAAAGACUGGAGAAGCACCAUCUCGGGCAACACAUUGCUGGAAGGUGUAUCUUUUCAAGUACGUGCCUGCCAUCUGUGAUCCGCAGCACAAACGCCAAGUGUCUUCUACAGAACUGAGGCAGCUUCCGCACUAAUGAUCGAAGAGAGAAAUGUUUCCCUGACAGGCUUUGGGCCACCUCUCUGCCCAAGAAGCCUCCGCGUACAAGUCGGAAGCGAUGUUACACCCGGUCUUUCUUGGGAGGGCGAGGAAAGCUGAGCCUGUGGUCGGAAGCGGGCGGGAAGGACAAACCCAGCCGGCUGCCGAGGCCACCUCUGGAGCGGAGCUGCCGCAGAUCCAAGGCUCAGGGCCGGGCAUGUCCAGCAGACACCGUCAGGCUGCACUGGGCCAGGCUGCCCGAGCGGCCCGGGGAGGAGCCGGGGGCCCCGGUAGGGGUGUCGGCCGAGGCAUCAAUCAGCCAAUUACUUCAUUACCUUAAAAUCCUUAAAAGCCAGGGGGCAGCUCGUGGUCGAGCAGCCAGAUGGAGCAGCAGAGAUGGGGACGAGCGCCCGGGUGGCGGGCGGGGUGCGGGAGGCGCGAAGAGGCAGCGGUGCCGGCUGGGCGCCGCCAAGAGCCGAGCGGGAAGCUGGUACCCGCCUGCUGCCGGCGGGCUCGGCGGGGCGGGGACAGCCCGAGCCCGCCCCGCUCCUGCCCCUGGUCUUUUGCCAUCCCUUCUCUUUCCUUCCCCGGUCCACCCCGUCCCGUCCCGCCCCGCCGCCAGCCCCGUCCCGCCCCGCCGCCGCCAUGUCGGGCCCGGGCGGGCGCGCUGCGCUGGCGCUGCUGCUGCUGCUGCCCGGGCCGCCAGGGCCGCCAGGGCUGCUGCAGGCCCGGCCCCGCUACGAGCCCACCUGGGGCUCGCUGGACGCCCGGCCGCUGCCCACCUGGUUUGACGAGGCGAAGUUCGGGGUGUUCAUCCACUGGGGCGUGUUCUCGGUGCCCAGCUUCGGCAGCGAGUGGUUCUGGUGGUACUGGCAGAAGGAAAAGAGAGAGCCCUAUGUGAAAUUUAUGGACACAAAUUACCCACCUGGCUUCAGCUAUGAAGAUUUUGGUCCUCUGUUUACAGCAGAAUUCUUUGAUGCCAACCAGUGGGCAGAUAUUCUGAAGGCUUCAGGUGCAAAAUAUGUUGUCUUAACUUCAAAACAUCAUGAAGGCUUUACUUUGUGGGGGUCCAAAUAUUCUUGGAACUGGAAUGCUGUUGAUGUGGGCCCAAAGCGAGACCUUGUUGCUGAACUAGCAACAUCUGUUAGAAACAGGACUGACUUGCAUUUCGGGUUAUACCAUUCCCUGUUUGAAUGGUUCAAUCCUCUCUUCCUUGAGGAUGCUACCAAUGCCUUUAAGACAAGAAAGUUUCCAACCAGCAAAUCAUUACCAGAACUCUAUGAAAUUGUGACCAAGUACGAGCCAGAAAUAAUUUGGUCUGAUGGGGAUGGAAAUGCUCCAGAUACUUACUGGAACAGCACUGGUUUCUUGGCUUGGCUGUAUAAUGACAGCCCGGUGCGGGACACAGUAGUGACCAAUGACCGCUGGGGAGCCGGCAGCAUCUGUGCCCACGGCGGCUUCUACACGUGCAGCGACCGCUACAACCCCGGGCGCCUGCAGCCGCACAAGUGGGAGAACUGCAUGACCGUGGACCGCGGCUCCUGGGGCUACCGCAGGGACGCGCGCCUCCGCGACUACCUCGCCAUCGAGGACCUGGUGAAGCAACUUGCAGAAACGGUGUCUUGUGGAGGAAAUCUCCUGAUGAAUAUCGGGCCCACUCACGAUGGUCGCAUCGCCGUUGUGUUUGAGGAGCGCCUGAGGCAGGUGGGCGCUUGGCUGAAGGUCAAUGGAGAGGCCAUCUAUGGAACGAAACCGUGGAGAGCACAGAACGACACAGCCACACCUGGAGUCUGGUACACUUUCAGCCCUGAAGAAAGAAAAGUCAAUGCUAUCUUCCUUAACUGGCCAGAAUCUGGGAUUCUGGAACUUGGUGAGCCACGGGCUAAGCUUGGAGAAACACAGGUGAAGCUGGCUGGGUACAGGGAGCUGCUGAAGUGGGUUGCCCUGGGAGAAAAGGGAAUGGUUGUUGCUCUACCUCAGCUAACUCCUCAGCAAUUGCCAUGUCAGUGGGGCUGGACCUUACAGCUGACUGAUGUAAACUGAGCCAUACUCUGCUGGAGCCCUGCCUAGCAGGGGAUGUUUUGCUCUUCUCAUUUUAAAUGUACUUAUUUGACUGAGACCAAUAAAUUCACUUUUUCUAUGACAGGUGGGUUGUUAUAAAAGGAUGGAAUGGAACAAACCUCAGGAAGUCUAGCACUAGAUAAUUGAUCCUCUGCACUCGUUUGUUUCUUUGAACUUGUGAAACAUUGAGCAGCUGCCUUGAUCCCUACACUUGGUUUAGUCAGUUUCUGGCCAAAUUAUGUGAAAAGAAUGAGGUGGGGGCAAACAGGCACUAGACUUUUAGAUACAGAAAAAAGAGUAAAAGCUCAAGCUUGUGUUCAAAUGCACAUAAAUUAGUUGUACGCCCUCUUUAAUGCAAGAAAUGUACCUUCCAUAAAACUGCACAGUAAACACUGACAGUUUUAGAAAAAAGAAUAUACUUUUUCCAAGUGUGUUAAACUAGUGGGAGCUGGCAAUUUCAGCUGAGCAGGGUAAUGCCUGCAAGAACAGGCGUGUAAGGGUUAGGAAUUCAUCACAAACACAUACAGGCAAUGCAAAUGUACAUCAUAAUUUUUCAUCAUGGAAGUAAUUAAUUUUACAUUUACAUUCCUAUUCUUGAGUAACUCCAUCCAUUACUGGGACACACAUAAACUGGGAGAGGGUCAGGUUUUCAUAUUUUGUAUAAUUUUACACUGGUAAAACUCACCUCUUGUUUACAGCCUUUGUUUAUACACAGUUUCCAGGGUGCCUUCUGUGGACUCUUAAACAAAACUAGUGACUAACUCUUGAAAAAAGAGAAAUAAUCAGGAGUUGCUAGGGAUCUUCAACUUUGGCAAAGAGACAACAUUUUAAGCAGAGAGUAGACUGCAUCCAACUUGAAAAAUUUCCAAACUCAUCAUUUGUCAUGAUUUGUAGGGACAGACACACAAGGUGGAACUUGCAAAGAGGAGAUAAAAGGACAAUAAAAAGCAUGAAUUAUUUCUGUUUCAGUGUAGGGACUGAAGGUUUAUUUUCCCUGAGUAAUGUUGGUGAGUGCAAAAUUAGUACUGUAUAAGUUAAAUUUAUUCUUUAACUCUGUCAGGAUUUUGAGUGAUUGGCCAGGUCAGGUUAUUCUCCUCUCCUAGUAAUGUUAAUACGCACACAAAUGAUACAUUAAAUUAUUUUAUUACAAUACAGACAAUUGGGCUCAAAAUUAAUACAAAUUAAGAUAAAAUAUUUACAAGGUAAUGUGUACAGUGUAGCUGUUUGAACAGCAUCAACAAGAGAAUGUCUAAAAACCCACAUUCCUUUAGUAUUAAGUAACAGAGAGAGCAGACCCCCAGCUUGUUCAAGAGGAAUAUGCAUCCAUUGGCAAAGGCUUUCUGAAGAAUGAGAGACUUUGGAACAAGAUUUGCGAAAUUAAGGGGAAAAAGAUUUACUUUAUAGAAAUAAAAAUCUGGGGGAAGAAGAAAAAACCAUUCCUUCAUUCCACUGCUCUGUGCUAUUCUUAGAUCACUAUCAUUAGUUCUUCCCAAGACUUACACAACCCAGGCAAAUAAAGAGUUUUUUACUAACUUGCUGUUAUACUGCCACCAGAUGCCUUUUAGAUGCAGUAAAAAGAACCCAAGAAAUUAUAGAAGAGUUUAACCACUUUUUUAACAGAAAAGUCUUCACUUAUAUUGUUUCUUUCAACAGGAAUAUUUUUAAUGGGUGAAACAUAAUUCCAUUAGGAGAAAAUGUGGGCUCACUCCCACUUUCCUCAGAGUGCUCUUUCUGCUGCUCUGCCACUUCUACACCAUUAUAAAAUUAACCCAAGUCUCAUCAGUAGUCACCAGGGAUUUGUUAUAAAUACACCAUCCAUUUGUAAAAAUGUGCAGGUCAUUUCUCUAGUUGCUGAGGGGUACUAAAAGCUUCAUAAACAUUAGCAGCAAAAUCUUUCACUUGUUCCAUCAUCAGCAGGUCCUG